AUGGGUGACGCGAUCAACUUUGGACCGGCGUGGUUGCGCAAGGUUGCGUUUGACUCCAACACCAAUAGUAGCAACAACAGCAACCAUCUAAACAAUACCAGCGGCAGCCAUAGCAACAGCAGCGGUCAGGCGCUCAACAACAGUAGCAGCAGCAGCAGCAGCAGUGGCGGUAGCAUCAACAACACCAGUAACACCAUCACCACCCUCGUCAACAACAGUGGCGGUGGUGGUGGUGUUGGGCUUCACCAUCAGCAGCACCAUUCGAACCACCAGCAUUCGCAGCAGCACCACCAUGGCCUAUCGCAUAGCGGCAGCGGUAGUGCUAUCGGUGGUGGGGCUGCUGCUGGCGGUGGCGGCGGAAUAAGCAACUCGACUUUGUCGGCCAGCGGUGGUGCCGGUACUGCUGCUGCUGCUGCUGCUGCUAAUAAUGGGGCGCCGACAACCCGAUACGCGCUGGCCGAGUUCCGCUACGGACGAGAAGAGAUGCUGGCAUUGUUUGACAGCAAAACGCUCAAAGGUCCGGAGAUACUGGUCAACUACAAGCACUUGUACGUGGAAAAGGUGCAACCCCCACUCGCCCUGACGCCCUGCCCGGAGGAGGAACUCGCCACGGAACCGGACUCAAGACGCAUUUGGCAAUCGCGAAGUAUUUCGAUGGGAAUACCGAGUCGCGGCGGUGGACGCGGUGUCUCAGUUGAUCGCGGCCGUGGCCGAGGACGCGGCACCUAUACAAGCUACACUCGGUCGACCUCUUUCUACGAUGAUGAAUCCAGGGGUGCAGGAAGAGGGGAACGGCCAUGGCUGGAGCGUAACGGUAGUGCCGGUGGAAGUGGUGCGCUGGGUGGUGGAGGUGGAAUCGGUGACAUCGAGUGGAACAGUUCGUCAUCGAGCCCGAGGAAAGAUUACGGCUCGCGGAUGCGCUCGUCGGCCGGUGGUACCACGGAGAGCUGGCGCCGUUCGCGUACCGAUGACGAUAACACUAGCAACGGAAUUGGUGGCGGUGGUGAUUGGCGCUCCGGUGGCGGCGGCAGUCUUGCCAGUGGCCGCGACAAGUGGUGCCGUUCGACGAGCUGGCGCGACGAGGACGGUUCGUCGCACGGGUUGCUCGAGAGAAGUCUCAAUAGCAGCAGCGAGCGCAUGAUCUCUGUACCGGCGUACAAAUCGCGGCUAUCGGGGCCCGGUCACGGCGAGCUGAUCGGCAGCAGUGCAUCCGGUGGUCACUUGUCGGGACCGGAUAAGCGUCGCGCGCACUACGACGCGGAUGAGCUGCCCGAGUGGGCAACGGAAAAUCCGUGCGACUUCGGUGGGAGCUUCGAUGCAACCGGAGCGUUUCAUGAUUCCGAUAAUGACACGGAAGGGGCCCCCAAUACUGCUGGUGGCCGGCUCGAUGCAUCUGACAAUGGAAGUAGCAGUCGCCGCCCGGCAUCACAAAAAACGAAGGAUAGUGAACGAUCGAAACCGCGGCCCGCGGAGAGGCGCCUCGCUGAAAGCGGCAUUCUUGUUGGGAGUGGCACCGUCCGAGAUGACGCGGCGACGAGCUCUACUUCCGCAUCGUCUUCGUUGUCGUCAGCAUCGGGCGCCAAGAGUACCGGCGGGGCCGAGUACGGUCAUGACAAGGACCGAACGAUUGACGAUGAAGAAUCGAUGAAUCACUCCGCCGACAAGGUGGUAGAGGGACUGCAAAGUGACAAUAAUGGCAGCCAGACAGCGUUCACGGCAAGCUCGACCGCCAAUAGGCAGGCCGGUAUGGAGCGCGAAAACCGGGAAAAGGAUAGCACUACGAAGAGAGAUUCCCAAGCAGAACGAACCAGUGGGGCAACUUCGGAAGUUUCUUCCUCCGUCAAAGACCGUUCUGCGUCAUGCGAAUCGAUCGAAUCAGCUGUAUCGGAAACCGGUGCUCUCGGUUCUCCCGCGUGGGGCAAGGCAAACGAACUAUCUUCGAACGGUGCCAACGAUGCCACUGGUACCGAGAGAGGAAACGGUGACAAUGUACCGCAAGCCACCAGCAAAAGUCAGCCGGCAUCAUCGUCCACGGAGAAUGAACCUAAAAAGUCUCCCUCCAGCACGAGUGUCGAUCGGAUGCAGGAGGUUGCCGACGACAUGGUGGCACAACUGAUCAUGGACGAUGAGUUUCUCAUGACCGACGGUGAUCCGUCUGCAGGCGUCAGCGGGCUGGGAGGGUCUGCAUCCGCAGCCAGACACGCUGGGUUAGAAAAGUCGCCCGUUUUCGGAAUGUCGUCCGUAGGUGGACAAGUGUCAGCAGCAGCAGCGAUGGGUAUGGCCGGUAGUGCUGCCGGUGGUCUUCCUCUGAACAUGGUCCUGCCGAAAUCGCCCAUGCCCAUGCCACCGAUACUGAACCACAACGUUCAUCGAGUGAAUGCGCUCCUGAUGUCGUCGGAUGUUAGCAGUCGACUGCACGGCGGUGGUGGUGGCAGUGGCGCUGGAGGGCCUGGUGCACCGGGGAUAUCGCAGUUACAUCAUCUGAUGGGAACGCCAGCACCGGGCACAGACGUUUGGUACUAUCGCGAUCCGCAGGGUAAGGUUCAGGGCCCAUUUCCGGCUUCAGAAAUGACCGAAUGGUACCGAGCCGGAUACUUUGACGAUUCGCUCUCGGUUCGUCGAGCCUGCGACGAAGUGUACACUACGCUUGGCACGCUGGUAGCACUUUGUGGAGGGUCCAUUCCGUUCCUCAACUCGAUGACUAUACCACCGAUCAAAACCAGUGGCGGCUCUAACGGAACUUCCGGAAUAAAGCAAUCUUCUCAGCAACAGCAAACUUCCCAGCAGCAGCAGCAACCAGGGCCUGGAACGCAACCAAAAGCGUCGGGAGGUAACGUUUCCGGCGUAGUUCAACCGUCACCGGUGAACCAACCUUCCAUGGGUGGACCACAGUCCGGCCAGCCAUCGGCGAUGCACACGUCGGGUCAAGGUGGUGCUUCUUCAGCUGGUAUGCCGGCACCACCGACAGAGCAAGAGUUGCAACAGAUGAAACGGCUACACGUGAUCCGACAACAUGGUUUGUUGAUGCAGAAGUUGCAAAACUCGGACGGCUGGCACUUGCUUUCGCCGGAGCAACAGAGCGCCAUCGUUACGCAACAAAUGAACCAACUGAUGAGUGCCGACGGUAUGUUGAUGUCACCGUCACUGCCGGGUCACCAGCAGCAACCGUCGGUGGUACCAUCGCCCGGUUCGAGCAUUUUCAGUGGCGGCCCCAGCAUACCACCACAGGCUGGUCAGGACGCGCUAGUCAAUCUGAAGCUGCGAGAUAUUCCACCACAUCCGCAGCAGCAGCCGCCGCAAUCAUCUCAACUGCCAUUGCUGGAGCAGCUCCAGAAGUCCGGUAACCACCAGCAUAGCAACUUCUUGAAACUGCACAUGCCAGAGUUUGGGCAACCACAACAGGUGCCCGGUGCACGGCCGAUGAUGAAUAUACUGAAUGCUGACUCUGCAGCGGCAGUCACGGGCGGUCACGAUCCGCUUGGGCAGCUGAUGCAUGGCAUCAAUUUUAAUCAACAACCACCAGUACAAAACCUCGGGCCACUGGGCCCGCCCAAUCUAAUGAUGAAUCGCGGCGGAUUGACCAUGCAGCCGCCACAACCGACACCUCAAUCACAACAGUCGCACCCGGCGGGCAAACCGACGGUGGAUAACGAUCCGAUUCAGUCACUGUUCAUGCAGCUCUCCAUGAACAAGAAUCAGCAACAUCCACAGCUGACGCCACAUCAGCAACAGUCGUCGAAGGCAGCUGCAGAACUGAUAACACCCUGGCUGCACACGACGGCAGGUCAACAACAAUCGUCGCAACCCCCGACCAGCUCUGGUGGCAGCUCUGGUGGUAGUGGUGGAAUGCCAGGCGUAAUGGCCAGCGUUCCCGGAGCCUCUGGGCCUGCUUGGGGUGAUUUGCCACCUCCGCCAACGAGUGCCUCAUUUGCAUCUUUGAUGCAACAACAGCAGCAGCAGCAGCAGCAGCAACAGCAGCAACAGUCUCAUCUUCCACCGGUCGCCGGUCAUCCGCUUCUGAUGAACAGCGGUGGACCGUCGAAUGAACCACAGGCACCGUCCGUGGCCUCGCUUUUCAAGCACCAUCAGCAAGUCGAAAAGCAGCAGCAGCUGGAAAAGGAGCAACUGUUGCAACAUCAGCAACAUUUUGCGCAACUGCAGCAACACCAACAGCAGCAGCAACUGCAAUCUGAAAGUGAAGUGCUCGCUCAGCAGAAACAGCGAGAACUGCAGCAGCAGCCGCAUCCUCCGCAACAUCUGCAGGAUCAGCAUCAACUUUUGCAUCAGCAGCAGCUGCAGCAGCACCUUCAGCAGCAGCAACAAUUGCAGCAACUGCAACAGCAACAACAGCAGCUGCCACACCCGGAAGAGGACCGUUUCAAUCAAAAACAUCAAACGAAAGAAGAGCAAAAGAAGGAGCUCAUGAGUGGACAGCAGCCACUGCCGCCGCCACCGCCGCCGCAUGCCGGGAGCAGCAUCGUGAAGAAACAAAACAACAAACAACUUAAUCACGUCGAUGUUGAUGAAAAGGCAACUUCGGACUCGUCGUUAAGUGGACAGCAGCAGCCGGGCCAGCAGAAAGCGAAAAAAGCAUCGAAAAGCAACAACAAUGCCCACGGCAGCGGCGGUGCCAGUAGCAGCAAUGGUCACAAUAAUUUGGUGAACGAAAGUGAAACGGAAUUCUUCUGCGUGAAGAAAGAAAUGGAAGAAAAGAAGCGCUUGAAGGAGCUGAAGAAGCUGCAGCAGGAGGAACAGAAGCGCAAGCUGGUGGAAGAAAAAAAACGCCAAGAGGAACAGGAUGCUCAAAAGAAGGCCAAACUGUUGGAAUCGCAGCGUCGGGAGGCGAUCAAAAUUCAGGAACAGCAACAGCAACAACAACAACCAUCUCACCAGCAGAUGGCACGAGCCGCCAGCAAGCCUGCUCCGUGGUCCGCAGCAGUGGCCGAGGUCGCGACCAGUGGUCUCAGUUUGGCCGAAAUUCAGAAGGCCGAACGCGAGCGGCGCGCCCUGCUGGCACGCCAAGAACAGACCAUGCGCGAACAACAGGAGCAGCAGCAGUUGCUCGUGCUACAGGCACAGCUGGACAGUAAGCUCAAAUGGGAUGCUCAUCUGGUGCCGGCCAACGUGAAGCCAUUGGCGGAAAUACAGGCGGAAGAAGCUGCGGCCGCUGAGCGUGCACGGGAGAAGAACCUCAACGUGGCGGGGCUCACGGUAGCGGCCAUUGCUGCGCAGCCGGCAAAGGUUGGCAAAAAAGAUGAGGCAUUGACACUGGGAACGGCGGUGUGGCAAGGCCAGAGUGGCAGCAGCUUGCUGUACUGGAACUCAGGCAAACCGUGGGGUGGCGAAGGAAGCAAUGAAGGAACGCCUUCAUCGUUCGCCACUGCCAGCCCGAUGAGCAACAACAUCAGCUCCGGUGGCUUCUGGGAGGAACCGACACAGCCGACCCCUGUUGCUGCCGUUGCCGUUGGUAAGGGUGGAAACCAUGCUCGUAAGACGCCGCAAACCCAUGGCUCGACCACGACUGUCGCUGCACCUGGCAAGCAACAGCAGCAGCAACAGCAGCAGCAGCAGCAGUUCCUGAGUAAAAGCAAGACCAUGGGCAGCAUUUCAACCACCUCUACGUCGACAGUUAACGCAGCCAGACAGCAGCAGCAGCAACAGAAGCAACAGCAGUCCGGCGGAUUGGUCAAGGGAGGAUCGUCGGCAGCCGGAGGCGUCGGUGCCAAACCCGGCAAGACUUCCGCUGCAUGGGGCAGCGGAGCUGAUCGUAAAGAGGACCGUAAAAAUCAGAAUGAGCAAAGCAAUGAGUUUACCAGCUGGUGUUCACGUGCGCUCAGCUCGCUGAAUAGCAAUGUCGACAUUCCAACAUUUGUUGGUUUUCUGCAGGACAUCGAGUCACCGUACGAGGUUAAGGAAUACAUCCGUGUAUACUUAGGUGAAACAAAAGAGUGUUCUGAAUUCUCGAAGCAAUUCCUCGAGCGACGCUCCAAGUACAAAAAUCAGCAGCGCCAAAAGAAUGCCCACAUCGAUGAUAUGUGCAAGCCAGCACCGGCUAUAAAUCCAUCAUCGAACGAUUUCCAAGAAAUCAAAGGUAAGGGUAAGAAAAUUAAGAAAAAUAAAAUGACCAAGCUCGAUAAUCGAAUUUUGGGCUUCUCCGUCACGGCGGCACCGGAUCGACUGAACGUUGGCGAUCGAGAUUACGGCGACAAUGCUUAAAGUAACAGUGAACAGUAGUAGAUGGGAGGCGAAAGCCGCCGAAUCUGAAGCAGACACUUUCAAUGAGUUUAGGGAAUCGAUAAUAAACGGAAACGAAUUGCAACGAGGAAGGAACACACACAAACAUGGUUAAAGUUAGAUUGGCGGCAUGCUUUUUGGAACGACGCACGAUCAAUGUGAAAAACAGAAAACGAGGGCAAAUUGUGCAUAAAAGAAAAAGUUAAACAAUAUCUCUGUAUAAACCUGAAGUGUAGACGGGGAAUGAUGAAUUUUGCUCUGUUUCUGUUCCUCUUUUCUUUCGGAAGUGCAAUGAAAUGAAAGUGUAAUGACGAUGAUCUUCUUUCAUUGCCGAGCAACGUUUGCAAAUAAUGUUAUUUUUUUGGAAACUGAGAGAAUGCCCGCGAGUUACGAACAUUGAAAUUAUGGAACCUUUGUUCUCGAGAACAUCAUUCAACCGCCAGAACAGCUGAGUUUUGUGACAUUUGUUAAGGAUUUGAAAGCUUAUUCGCGGCACAAGUAGUACGAACCGAAAACAAACACGGGAAAGUUCAUCAAUUGCAAUCCGUUGUGAUGUUUCAUACUGCCACCAACGAAAAAAAAACGAAGAACAAAGGACGUACGCAUGGCCAGUGAGCAUCAAGGAGGGUUGGUUGGUCUUAAAAUUGAUCGUACAAUUGUUA